AUGGCGUUGCUCAAGAAUUACUGGCAAUUGUUCGGAAAGCUAAGAGAAGCUCAGGGAAACAUCGCUUUUAAUAAAUUAGAAGCAAUAAGUGGUGACGUGACGGAUCUGAAUUUGGGCAUUUCGGAAAAAGACAGGAAAAAGUUAACAGAAGAAGUUGAAAUCGUUUACCACUGUGCUGCAACAAUAAGAUUUGAUGUCCAUUUGAAACAGGCGAUUAUUAUUAACGUCAGGGGUACCAAGUAUAUGUUGGACUUGGCCAAAGAAAUGAAAAAACUAAAGCUGUUUGUCCACGUUUCCACAGCUUACUGUCAUCUCCAAGAAAAAGUAUUGUACGAAAAAUCUUAUCCUCCACCUGCAGACCCUAACAUAAUGAUCAAGUUGGCUGAAUGGCUAAAUGAAGACAUUAUAGGUUCAAUCCAAGACAAGGUUUUGGGAAAUUAUCCCAACACUUACGCUUAUACCAAAGCUUUAGGUGAAGGCUUAGUGGACCAAGAAAUUGGUAAACUACCCGUUACAAUAUUAAGACCAUCUGUUGGUAAGUAUAUAAUUUAUUUAUUCAGAAAACAUCCGAUUUUACUACUUAAUUAUCGGUUAACCUCAUAAUAAAAAUGACCUAGCGCCAGAAAUUUUUAAGUACAUUCCAUACAAUUGACUCAAUGUUAAAGUACGUUGCAUGUACCCAAAUUUAUAUAAUUUAGUAGACAUGGUGCAAUAAUUACAGGAUGUAGUAAUAAACACCAAAUUCUAAACUUUGACCUUCGUAAUUUCCAAAUAUAUCUACCUAUGCUCACUUACUUUCUUCAACUGAACUUCAAAGAAUACGGAAAGUAGAUUUUACAUUCUGCUAUCACAUUCAUCGUUAUUAUCCUUGAGUAAUGGGUCGAGAAGAUUUAUUUUAAUAAAUCAGAAAACUAUUUCAGAAAAUUUAGCAAAAAUUUCAGUGAGUCAGUCGUAACCUAGUUUCGGUUUUAACGAACUAAUAUUCCUUUGUAAAAUGUAGUUUUAAAUUUUAUAUAUUUCAAGCCUUCGACAAACUGUGGUGGUUAUAUAGAGAAACAAUUCUCUAUAAAAAAACAGAUUCAAAUAAAAUUGACUGACUAUUUUAGAAUGGAAAAUGUAUUAGACUAGCGAUCCGCCCCGGCUUCGCACGGGUGCAAUGCUGAUACUAAAUAUACUACAGAAUGUCUUUAUUUAUAUACAACA